AUGUCCCAAAAGCUCGGUCAUACAGGGCUUGCCUUUGCGCGUCUUUGGCAUCAUGUUGAUAUUGCCCAAGACAAAAGAACCCUCGGAAGACUUGCUUCUUCCAUAGCCCUCACUUUGAUAGGGAAACACAAGCCAGUAUAUCAUCCAACCCAAGACUGUGGAGACUAUGUUGUGGUUACAAACUGUCAACAAUUACGUGUUACUGGCAAAAAGUUCGAACAGAAGACGUAUUGGUCCCACUCACAGAAGCCUGGCCAUUUAAAGCUCACUACAAUGCAAAAAAUGGCGGAGAACAAGGGAUAUGGAGAGAUCUUGAAAAAGGCUGUUAGUGGUAUGCUGCCCAAGAACAAGCUGCGGAAACCCAGACUCGAGAGGCUCAAGGUCUUUGAUGGCAGCGAACACCCUUAUACUAGCAACGUUACUGCGUUUGUAGAUCAGCAGCCGAAGAUCGCUCAACAGUUGAAGAAGCUUGAGGCGAAGUAG